UGGGACACGCCCUCUUCUCGGCGGUUUGGUGAUACCAUGAGCGGCCUGUGGCCUCCCCCGUCCAAGCGCUUUGUGUUUGUAGAGGAAGGGCCACCCGGGGUCGGGGAUGUCGAGCGGCUGGAGGUCGCUGUGCCCGAGGUACUGGAUCCCCAAUAUGGUAUGUACGUAUGGCCAUGUGCUGUGGUACUAGCACAAUAUGUGUGGUUUUCCAGAAACACAGUUAGAGGGAGAACCUUUUUAGAGAUUGGAGCUGGUGCGGGCUUACCUGGCAUAGUGGCAGCAAAAUGUGGUGCCAGUGUGAUUUUAUCGGAUGCUGCAGAGAUUCCAAAUUGCUUGGAUAACUGCCGCCUCAGUUGCCAGAUUAAUAAACUUGAGGAUGUGCCAGUCAUCGGAUUAACCUGGGGGCAAAUAUCACCUGAUCUCGUGUUGUUACCGCAGAUAGACGUAAUUCUGGGCUCUGAUGUGUUUUAUGACACUGAAGACUUUGAGAAUAUAUUAACAACAAUUUUUUACCUCAUCCGAAAAAAUCCACGUGCACUUUUCUGGACCACAUAUCAGGAACGGAGCUUACGACAGCAAGAACAGGCCAGAAAAGGGCGUGAAAAGUUGUUUCAAGUUUUCCACGCAAAGCUAAGGGAAACUCCAGACUUGAAAAUCUAAUCUUACCAAAGGCUGUCCAUUCUGCCCUGGUAGCCUAUGUUGUGGAAAGUGGGUAUCUUCACCCAAAUUUCAGCGCUUACACGUAUGACACUGCCAGCUGGUUUCACUGGCAGCAUGCAGAUGACAUUCCAACUGUAACAAGGAAUGGGGCCUAAGUUGCCAACAGAAAAGUUUUGGCUGCUGGUGUUGCUGAAUUCCAAUCACUCUGCUUCCCACUCCAUUUUAAAAACACACCAAUUUUUCAUGGUUGAAAUACUGUAACCAUAACAGCAAGUUGAGGGAGAGUACAAACACCUUUUCCAACAGUCAGCAAACAGCAAGAUUUAGGUUUGAGCUUUUACAAUGUCUGCAAAAAUUGCUGUACAAGAGCUGACAUUUCCAAAUGAAAUAUUAUAAAUGUUUACUACAUAUCUAGCACACGUAUUGCAAAUGCAGCUAUACCUGAGAGCAAAUUUGUGCUAUGAAAAAGUUACAAACUUUUAGGAUAAUAUUUCUCAAACAGGCAAAACUACUGUCAAAUUAUAUUGCAGUAUGCCUGAAAACAUAUUUAAUGCCAUAUUAAAACACAACACAGAAUAGGGAGCAUGAAUCACCAGAUUCCAUCUUAUGGCAUGUAAAAUUCCAUUCUACGACUAGUGUAAAGUCUUAAAAAUCCCAUUUGAAUAGUCAUAGCGUGCAGAGGUACAGCCAACACCAUGCCACCAGGUAUACUAUUGUCAAGUUCCAAAGACAAUUUUUCAGUGUCUAAGAGAAAGGAUUUCAUUACCAUUUAACAUAUAGAGGUGACAAUAUUCAAGUGUGGAGUAUUUAUGUGGAUACUGUGUAUUUUUACAAAUACAGUAACAACAUUGUAAGAUAACUGAACUGUUACUAUCUCCUAAAAUAUCAAGACUAGAAAAGGGGGUCUACCCAACAUCUCUGGCAGACAGGGAUGUCAGGGCUACAGUUUCUUCCAUUGUACGUGGUUUACAGCUUGUCCUUGCCACACAUCCAUAAAAGCUCUGAUAACCGGAAGUGAGACUUCACAGUUAAAGUACAUGUGCAACUCAAUUUAUUCCCAGCCGUGCUAUGGUCAUCACUCUGCAAUACAAGUACUGAAGGAUCCAUAGGGAAUGCUUCGUUGUCUGGUCAGCAUUGUUCUUUCUGGGCGAUACAGCUGAAUAAAAUUGCUCUAAGCUCUGGACAAAUAUAGUUACCUUUGCACAUUAUAUGAAAUGAUCUGUUUAACACAUUUGUGGCAAAUUUUGAGUUCUAACUGAAAUCUGGACAGGUCCCAAUGGUAUCAGAAUCUUGUGUUUUUCGGUUCAAAUGCAAUGCAAAUGAAACCAGGCUUAGUUUAAGUUAGAAUCGCAUGAUCAUUUCCCAAUGGAGCAUUUCAAAUAUCCAAGCAUUGAGGUCAGGUUUUUAUGAACAAAGAAAUAAUUAAUUUGAAGCUCUGGGCCAAGUUUCCAGCACAACAGUACUGGAUCCGUGCACACAGUAGCCACAAAGAUAAACUUUAACCUUACAAAAGAUUGCCAAAAUUUAAUGUUUACCAAAAUGGUCUAAUAAUUUUCAAAGUAGAUCAACCGAUUUUUUUUGUAAAAAGUAAGUGAGAUGUUGAAUUUAAGCAACAAUUUCUCCCCGUACAAUUGUUUUCAUUCAGUAAAUCAAAACAAUAGUUCCCAUCUGCAGUAGCUCAACCGAGCAACCACACGUCUGGGUCAAUAUCCCAAGAUCACUUCAGUAUUCAGAAAACAGCUUUUAACAGUUAUAAACAUAGAACAAUUAACACCAAGAAAAAAGUCUUUAAUAUCAUUACAGACAUACAAGUUGUACAGGAUUCAUGUACUGAAGCUAAUAAAACUGUUAAUUACACUCAAUUUCAAAAAUUAACAGCAUUCUAAACAGUGUAUUCCAUGUGGUAAUGGAUAAACCACAUUACCAAGUACAAAAACAAGGUAGCUAAAGGUGCUUACUGCCUGCUCCAUAAUUUACACGCAGCCACGUCUCUGGAGGUGCAGCUGACAGGCAUUUUACUGGACAGCCAUAUUUUCUGCACGUCAAGGCAUCAUUACAGGAGCAAUCAGGAGAAUACAGGACACAGCCAAGCACUCUGCACUGCACUGCAACACGCCACCUUACAGCUAACCCGCUUUACAGAACUGCUACACAACUGCGCCUAGUGCACAAAAAUACAUGAGACAAUAAGAUUAGUAUUAGACUGAAAUGAAAAUAACAGAAAAAGACAUAUGCAAAUUUGAAAUUUAGAAAGAUAAUUACUUCAGCGUACAGAAAAAAAAACUUUACAAAACCUGGAAAUACGUUCCAUGCUUUUUACCUUAUGUACAUAUCCAAGCCAAAAUGCAUCUGAAGUCGAACAUUUCACUAAAUUGUAAGAAGUUUAAGUAAUAGCAACACAGAUGGCACAUAACACAAUGAGCCUUCUCAGACACUAAUUUUAAUUCAAGACUUAAACUGACAAAACCUAUUAUAAACAAUAAUGUUAUAAUAACCUUUUAAGUAGAUCACUGCUUAUUUUAGGAAGGUCUCUCCACCACCUAAACAGUUGUCAAGAGUUGGUAUUUCUUGCAAGGCAUCUACCAUGUAAAUCUUCCAGCCAUCCAGAAUAUCUGGAACAAACAGACAAAUUAAACUUUUUUCAAAAAAUCUUCUUCACAAAUGUUAAAAAAUAUCCAAAAUAACCUUGCUUACUAGAAUUGUAGAAGUUACACUUAGUUCAAACAGGGGUCCACCUGUUCAGCACAAAAGCUGUUCCCUUCACUUCUUACAACAGGAUAAUGAAAUUCUAAAAGUAUACUUGGCCCAAAGAGUACAUUCCAUUAAAUUCAUACUUAUGGGGUUCUUGAGGGCAACUUUCAGGUAACAUGAUGUUGGAUAUGAACAACUAAAUAUCAAAAAGGUCCUACACCAUUUCAACUAUCAAAGCUCGCAUGUAUGCCUCAUUGAAGGCUGCCUCGAGAACAAAAAUUUAAUUUGACAUUACGUCAAAAUGUUAGCACAGGAAAUAGUAAGGCAGCUAAUACUAACAAUUUUGCAAUUGCUGAAUGAAAAGUUGUCUACAAACCUUUUUUGAAAGCUUUGAAAUCAUGCAAAUAAAAUUCUACAUAAACAGAAUACUAAUAUGACUUCUGGAGCAAAAAACACAAUCCAAUAAAAAUGUAUUAACAACGUGCAAUUUUCAAUUCCAGUCUUGUGUAACUUUCCACUAAUUAUCACAAAACAAGUCUUGAUAUCACCACUAUGAUUAAAACCUACAGUAUUAUCUAUAAAACCAAAAAUUCUAGAUGCCUUAAUACUUCAUUGCAAUUCCUUUCUUCCAUUUUGUAUCCAUUCUAUGGAUAUAUGUAUCCGUUAAUAUUAAAUUUCAAAUUUUCAAGUAAAAGCAACUCAACAACUUUCUCAUGCAGAGAAAAAAAUGGAUGCUGGUGACAACUGGCAAUUCUCAUUAGCAAGUUGAAUAAAAUGCUCGUGUCAUGCAGAUGUAAUUACCAAUCAUUUCAUUUAGAAGACAAUAUCUGUCAUCAUUUAAAUCAAUCCUUCUAAUGGUUGACUAAGCAGAGUUUGUUUUAUCAGCUUGUACCCGACAGCAUUUUAAUAGUAAUAUUAAACCAAGACUUCAAUAUCUUUAUUAACUCCACAUUUGAAAGUCAGGAGCUGGAUAACAUACUCACCAGUUGCCUGGGUGAAUGCAGCCACAACAAAACUGAAGAAAAGUGGCAUUAUCCAAGACAAAGUAAUCCGCUUGCUCAGCAACCUUGCCAGUGAACUCAAUAUCCAUCCUUUCACCAGUGUAUUGUUGCAACUGCAGUACAUAUAAUCCUCAGGAUGCAGUACAUCAACUCAUCAAGCUUACUCCAACAGUACCUACCUGCCACAAGACCUCUCCCACUCUGAAGAACAUGAGAAGCAAAAUCAUGGAUACAUCAUCAUGAUCCCAGAGACACAAAAGGAUUCUGACUUGGGACUAAAAAUAACUUGCUUCAUCAUUGCUGGAUAACAAUCUUAAGACCCCACCCAAUGCCACUCAAGCAUCCGAACUGUACUAUUCUGCGAAUCUACUACAAAGACUGCAGCAGCGAAAGAUGAUCCAUCACAACAAUCUCAGUGCAACCAGGGCUGAGUAAUAUUUACAGCCUUGCCAAAAAUUAACAGGGAAGAUUAUAUUAAAUUUGUGAUUCUCAAAUUUUAGGUCCAAAGUGUUUGUGCCAUGUUGUGUUACGACCUAUGAAGAAUGUUAGGUUACGAUAAAUUAAAACCUUACUUUGGAUAGAAAAGAUUCACAUGACAUGAUUAUUUGGAUCUGUUGCUGUCAUGGCAGCAAGAUGCAGCUUCACCAUUCAUUGAGCAUCUGCAAUCAGCAAUGUAAGUGUCCAAAAAAAACUUGCAUUGUGAACCAAGGUGUUUUCCAUUCAAACAAAUACUUCAAGCCAAAAUAACAAUUGCAAAUAAAAACGUUUAAAAGAUAGAAAAUAAUGGCUUCAGUUUUAUAGUAAGGUAACAUUUCAAUCCUAUGCGUUUUACUUCCAAAAAUGUGGAUUGUGGAAUUAAACAAGUUAAUGUCUUGUAACAUAAUAUGAGAUAGCAUGAAGAGGGUUUGAAGUUUGACAUUUACCAUUUGGUGAUU